AUGCCGGCAGCGAUGCUCGCCAGCGCCGCGCGGGCGACUCUGCCCACCCCGCCCGGUGCGGGCACCUCCUCCGUGUCCCGCGCCGCGCGGCGCGGCACGGUCGCGCAGGCCAGCCGCGACAGCCCCUUCGCCUUCUUCACGUUUGGCAACAAGGCGCCGCGCAACGAGAUGCAGAAGCAGCCCGGCCCGUCCGACGCGUCCGCGUCCUCGGGCGCCAAGUACGACGCCGUGUACAAGCCCCCGCCGCGCCCCAAGUCCGCGCCGAAGCCCGUCACGCAGUCCAAGGUGGCGGCGCCCCCCGUCAUCCGCAAGACGGCGCCCAAGGCCAAGGACGCCGCCGCGGCCGGCGCCGGCGCGCCGCGGUCGUUCGUCGCGGCCGUGAAGGAGCCCGCGGCGCCGAAGAAGGUCGCGCCGGCGGAGGCGCCCAAGCAGCAGGCGGCGGCGCCCGCGCCAGCGGAGGCAGCGCCGCUGUCGGGGCAGGCGGCCGCGGCGGCGCCGGGGGUGGAGGCGGGGCUCGCGGACCAGCUGCGGAAGAGCAAGAAGUCGCUGCAGCAGCUGCUGGCGGAGAAGGAGGAGGCGCUCGCGGAGGCCGUGACGCCGCAGCCCGGCAGGCUCCCGGCGCCGGCGCGCGAGGUCGGGCAGCUCCGGAAGGAGAUCACGGCGCUGCGCGGCAUGAUCGCGGACGCGGCCGCGGGCGGCUCGGCGGUGCCGCUCACGCCGGCGCAGCAGGCCGCCUCGCUCGAGGACGUCCUGCGCGAGGCCGGGCGGGCGGCGGAGAAGCUGUCGGGCGCGCAGCUCGUCGCGGACCAGAAGGCGGAGGCCGAGGCGCUGGCGGCGGAGAACGAGCGGCUGCGGGAGGAGGCGCUGCGGCUGCUGCGGUACAAGCAGAAGCUGGAGCAGCUGCGGUCGUCGGGGGUGAAGAAGGCGGUGUGGAGCGGGCCGGAGGAGCCGGCGUACCACGUGCACCAGACGGGGCAGGAGGAGCACGAGGUGUGGUGGUGA